UAUUAUUUUUUUAUUUCGAAGUCGCAACGCAUUUUAUCAAAAAUAAUGACCGUUUCUUUUGUUCCAGUUGAGGUGGAAGGCUAUGGGCCAUACAAGCCAGUGCCCCCUCCCAAGCCGCUGUCUCAACAGCACGACUACCCCCAACAACCCCAACAGCAACAGUCCAGUGGCGGCACCCCGCCCCCCUAUAGGAUGCCCCCCUAUCCUCCAUUCGGCGAGCCCCAGAUUCCCGGCGCCGCUGGCGUAGGUCCUGUAGAAUCCACCAUCAUUGCGGGGAGUCCCGUAGCUCAGCGCUACCAGCAGGGGCUGCAUACGCACUCGAAUAAAUUUCCGAUCGAGAGAGAAGUGAUUCUGACAGCGACUGACAAGGAUUCGAAGAUCCCCAUACUACAAGACUAUAAGAAGAGGAGCAAAAGCACUGUGGUAGCUCCUGACGUACCUCCUAAGCAAAUGGCGGCCUGGACGCAAGGGCCUAUGCAGAACAUGCAGAUUUUGCCUGAUCAGACGCACUCUGGACUAAUCCAGACGGUCCAGCAACAAUCUGAAGCAAACGGAGCUUCGGCAUAUCGAGCAGCUUCAACUUAUCACCUCCAAGACUACUACGUAACCCAAAAUGAGCCUUCCACGGGAGCUGUUCCGAGAGCUGGAGCCUGGCAUGGAAAUGCCGUUGAUCCCAAUAAGCCUGCUCCAAGACCAAUCAGUAAUGAGGAUUACACGAAUAACUCACAGACGGUGGCCAUCCAAAUGGAGAACAAAGAUGCAACCCCAAAAGAUCAGAAAAAUAUGAAAAGCGUAACGAAGACUUACCACACUAUCAAGGACAUCAUCUCCAACAGGUUUAAGAGCAGUAAAGACAAUCUGGAUGAGAAAAAUGAGGAUUCAGGAUUGAACAAUGUUUCAGAAGAUAUCAGAAAAUCACAAGGCAAUAUCAUCGAGGAGGUGGAUAGUAAGAAGGCUCCAUUGCCAGAUCAAACCUACACCAAGCAGCCUAGCCUAUCCCAGCAACAACAGUACAAACAACAGACAAGUCAGCAGCAGUUUAUCCAGCAACAGAUGCUGGUGCAACACACCGUCCAAAUGCAACAGUAUCAACAUCAGUUAAGUCAACAGCAACAGUACGCUCAGAAAAUGGCGCAGGUCCGGUCUCAGAUGAUUGGAACAGCGCGUCAAGAGGAGUUGUACUACCAGACGAACUAUGUGGGGAACGUCCAGAGAGCAGCUGGAAGAUUUGCUCAGGCUGGGCAGCAGAUUACUGGUUUACCUGCGCAACCUAACUUGCAGACUUCUCCAGAACGACGAAGCGCUCAGCAGCUGGAGAGAGAUAGUCUCAGACAGAGAAGUUUUGAGGCUCGUCGAGCUGCCUCGCAACCUCAGCUAGCCUUUGAUCAUGAAGGUGCUCCAGAGAAUGCGCCUAACCGACCUCAACCUCAAAUACCUGUGCUGGCUAGAAGAGGAUCUCACGGGAAUAUUAUGGAUAGCAGCAAAGAUACAGAAAAAGAUAGUGACGAUGGGGGUUUCCUGAAAAGACCGCAGGCUGAGGAACACAAAGACAGUGGUGUCAAGCAGAAGGAAAAUAAUUUACAAAACGAAAGCAGCGAACACAAAAGAGAUAACACUGAAGACAAACACAGUCAAGAUGCUUUACUGGGAUCACCCAGGAAAAGGUUUGAAGGAGAAACAGGAAAGUCAGAAGGUGUCUAUAAUGUAGGCCAAAGAACAGCAAAAAUAGAAGAAGACGCAAAAACACAGAAAAAGGCAAAUCCUAGUUCAUCGGCCAAUAACUCAGAUUAUGACAAGGCUGGUGGGCAAUCCUCAUCGAACGUGGACUCUGGUAGAGGUAGUGCUGCUUACAGUAGUGGAAGACGGCCUACUGGGAUUGAUCUCAAUGGCGAUUAUGACUCCUGCCAGGCCAGUACUGGCAGAAAAUACCGAGAUGAACACAAUGGAGGCCAUGAUUCAGAAUGGGUAGACAUAGUUGAGAAUGAGCUCCGGCAUAUUCUAGAGCCGAAACUGCACGAAUUAUCGCUACAAGACAGCAGCAAUCGGAUAGCAAAUUCAACGAUGAGCGAAAGUAUAUCGUCGAUGACACCACCAUUACCUCCUUUGUCGCCAGGUGACCAAUCGUCACCCACUAUGACGCCAAGAAAUUCAAACAGAUAUAAGCACAGCAGCCUGCCUUAUGGAAGUAAGCCUGAUUACGAUGGCUUCAAGUCAAAAAGUUACUCGAGAGAUGUCAUAGGCAGUUCAAGAUGGAAUGGUACAUCAAACCAGAAGCAUCGAAUGCAAAAGAAACUAGAUCCACACGCUUUAUUACGAGAAAAACAAAUCUUUGGACUAGACACGACUGACCUCACAUCCACCACAACCCGUUCGAUGGAUCUAGAAUCCAUGCUAGAUGGCCAAAGCGAUUCAGAUGGCGACAUCAGCACAACCGAUGCCAGAACGAUCAGAAAACAACUUGAAGGCCUUGAAUCGAUGUACUCAGAAGUACUGAAGUUGCUUGGUGUGAAGAAACAUCCAGGGAGGUACCAACCGUCUGAUCCCAGAUUCAACAAGAGGAGGUACGGGAGUAUGUCGUCGCUGCCUUCUAGUUCUGUGAGCAGUAGGCCGAUUAGGGAUAAAAGGAGGACAGAUGAAAGGAAAAAGGUCCGAGACAUGCGAGGCAUCAACAAGCGUUUCCAGCGCCUAGAAUCCCACGUGGUGACCUUGGCUCGAUCAGUGGCCCACCUCUCCAGCGAGAUGCGCACCCAGCAUCUUAUGAUCCAGGAAAUGGAGAACAUCAGAGGCGAAAUCGCAGCCCUCAGGACCCAGACGAACAUGUUGAACGUGAGAUCGCAAUCAGCGUCGAGGGCUGUUAGUUCGAAGGAGCUGCCCACACUUGCUAACCCGGCUAGGGUCAAGAAGCUGACGAAGUUUUUUGGAGAUGAGCCGCCACUGUUAAGGUUGUUCCUGAGGAAACUGGGAUACGAGGUAGGCAGGUUUCGUAGAGGGUUGAAAGAUAUAGUGGAGGUCUCUAGUGCUGAUAAUGGAAAUCAUUCAUAAUUUCAUUUCAAACGCGAGGGGGAGUCAGGGGAUCCAGGUCGAGUCAGGCCUCAGUGCGUUUAAAAUGACAAAUCUAAUUUAGAAACAUUUCCUUGUUAGGUCAUCUUAUGUUUCUUGUGAAACGAUUUAUUACUUCUUCAAGAUCGACAUGUAUAUUUUUGUGCAUUCACGGGUAGUGUAGCAAGAAUGUAUAAAACUCUUUGUUGUUGGGAUACAUUUCAUUAUCGCAAUUUUCUACGACUGUUCAGGAAAAUUUCUGUCUCGGGAGAGGGGAAGCAGGUAUCGGCGAUUUAAGAUUGAAAAGCCCAGGAGCAAAAGGUAUAGCAGACCGUGCAGUAUAACAUCCAAGCAAUGAAGAUUCAACAUUUCCUAUAGAUAAAAACAAACAAUAUUUCAUUUCCCACUUAUUAUAGGGGAGCAAACAUUUUUCAAAUUCAUAUGCAUGAGAAUAGAUAAAAUUAGAUAAGGAUUAAAUUAAUAAAAUUGCAUUAAAAUACAUUGUUUACAUCCAAUCUUCAUGGUUGACUCAGUGUAUCCUAGUUUCUCGCUCGAAAGUCAUCAGACGCCAAUCUAAGGAUAGAACUUGUUGAACUUACUAAGUUACGUUAAAACUCAACAAACAGUGAAAGUACUUAUAAAAUUAUUUUUGGUACAAAAUGUUCUAUUUCGGAAUAAACACGUAAAACGCCCCCAUUCGCACACUCCUAUUUUUAAUACAAAUAAUGGAAACGAGCCGUAAUUUCAUUCCAAAUUAUGCACGUAGCCAAGGGGGGGUAGAGAGGGUUAGUAACCCCCAGGCCCAUAGCUGAUGGUUUAAAAAAUUGUUUAUUGGAGAGUGAAUUUUUGUUUUGGGUAUUGAUAGUAAAUUCUGAAUUCUAAAAUAAUAGUUUACAUAACAUCUUGAUUGAAAUUAAAAUUUUAAAACCUACAGCGCUAAAUUAAUCUCGCAACGGUCAAUUUUAUUAUUAUUUUUUCUUUAAUUUCACUCCUGCAGUGUGGUUAUAUAUGAAAUAUAGUGCAAGUGAAAACUAUGCGGCGGAUGGUGCCAUCUAUGUCUACUAUGUCCGUCGAUAAAGUUGAAUUGGAGGAGUCCGCUUACCGUCAAGUGUUAUUUGUUCUCUUGCACCAGAGGUGGCGCACGCAUCACCUUGUUACGCACAAAUAGUGGUACCAAAAGCUGCAAAAGCAUAAUCUUACUUUGUAGCAGCCAUUGACCGCACAGUGUUGUCGAUCGGCCGGAUAAGUUUCGAUUUGCCUAAUUUUUUGGAUCGUGGAGGGACUUUUUCGGAACCUCAAUUAUAGAGGAACUUUUGGGAAAGAAGGGUUGAUUAUCGAAAUCUUUGAAAAACUUACACAUCUAAUAUUUAUUAGAAGAAAUACCGUAAAGAUUCCCUGACAGGAAACACUUUCGAUUUGAAACUAAAGCAGUUCAACAACUGAGAAUUCUUCCUGUCUUCCUUUGUGUCAGGUUUAUUGACGACUGAGAUGGAUAACACACUUUGGUCAGCUGGGUGACUUGGAAUCAAUAAACUCGUGUCAAUUUUAUUAAACAAUCAAAAAAUAGAAAAAACAUAUUCCCCAGUCGCAGCCCAACAUCUGUUUUCCUGUUUGUCAAAUAUGCUAGCGGCAAAUAGCGAACUGUAAAUCAGUCCAAAUGUUUCAUCCUUUUUCAUGAAAGAUUUUAGAUUUUUGUUAAAAAAGCGGGAUGAAGUAAAGAGGGUCGUCGACAAAAGACAUCACAGUAAAGACAAGAGAAAAUCAAAGGCAAUUUAUAAAAUUAUCAAAAGGUUUUUUAUAUACUAAAGUUGUGCUUCCAAAAAUAAACUAGUAGUGUGCCACUCAAAAACUUCCAGAUAGGAGGACCAGAAGAUAUUUUUUUGCUCUUCAGUUUACAAUCUGCAGCACUUUUUUUAUACCCCCCAGACGGAACUGUUAGCUACGCCAAUGUUUGAAACCAUAGAAAUUGGGUGACGGUGACGCUAAAACAAAGUUGGAGGCUCCCUAGCGUGUUAAAGAUGCAUGAUAUGAUAUGCUUGCUUAACAGGCAUGAGCCAGAAAACACAAUUUGUAUGUAUGCAUACGAAUGCGUGGGUAGUAAUGAACUUAUCUACGUACUUAUUUUUAUUGCAGAAAUACGCAUCGGUGUUCGAAAGCGAACGAAUCGGAAUGGUUGAACUGCCCUAUUUGGAUGAAGAAAGGCUUCAGAAAAUGGGCAUACCAUUGGGACCCCGACUGAGGAUGAUGCAGGAAGCUCAAAUAUCCGUCUGUAAGGACAACACAUUGUGUAUAGUAUGAUUUUGAAAAAUCUGGAACAUUUAUAGGUUGAUCAGGAAUCUUAAAAGUGGCGGCGAUUAUAUUAAGUUAAAUAUUAGGAUAUAUUCGUCUAGAUUUAUUUUUGUAUAUUCAAUACUGAUGACUUCGAAAUAUGUAGAUUACUGGUUUGAUUAGAAAUCAUUUAUCGAUCCUCGGUAGCUAUGUACAAAUAUUUUCAACACCCCUGUAGCUGCAACUUAAGUUUCAAAAAAUAUUAUAUAACUACAGAUAUUUUCAAUGCAUAUAUUCCAAAAUAUUCUCUCAAACGUCUAUUUGUCUUUUAUAUCUAAAAUCUCUAAUUUUCUAAAGAUGUUUGGGUUACUAGUUCCACAUUGAGGAUAUUUGCAGAAGUAAUUUAUGAAGCCGUGGCUCUGCUCCUCAUCUACAUCUUACGUUAUGUAACAUAUUUAUUUAUUUCUUUCUCCUUUCAAACGAUUCUGCCGUAAAACUGGCAAUGCUGCUCAACUAUAAAUAAUGUAAAUUGUAUUGGUGGUUUUUAAUGACUGUACCUUUUGCCAAGCAUAUGAUAAUUCAAAAAUAUUCAUUACAUACACGCAUAAAAACAUAUUUCAUUUGAGACAUCUCGUACUUGAAAGUUGUAUAAUCUAAAGCAAUAAAAAUUGCCAAUUACACCAAAGAUAUGUUAUUAUUUUCAUGUAUACAUUUAUAAUAAGUUUAGUGAAUAAAAACUAUGUGAAUAAAUAUUUUCCA